AUGUUUUCCGUUCGGCGACUUAACAUUGGAACAGCCAAGCGUGCUUUCUCUACUUCAGCAGCAAAUGCUACCAAAGUAGCUGUCCUUGGUGCCGCCGGAGGUAUCGGGCAACCACUUUCACUUCUUCUCAAGCUUAACGAAUCAAUAUCUCAUUUGUCUCUUUACGAUAUUGUGAAUGCACCUGGUGUUGCUGCUGACUUAAGCCAUAUUAACACCCACAGCAAGGUCACUGGCUACGCCCCUGAUAACGAUGGUCUUAAACAUGCAGUCACAGACGCUACAAUAAUUGUUAUUCCAGCUGGAGUUCCUCGUAAACCUGGCAUGACUCGUGAUGAUUUGUUUAACGUAGCAUCUCGGUUUGUAUCCGAAUUGAAGAGUACUGAUCCUAAAAAUGAGAAUAUCGUAGUAGUUGGUGGACAUUCUGGUGUGACCAUCAUCCCCCUUAUAUUUCAAUCUGGCUCGAAAUUCACCGAUGACGAAUUGAAAGCUCUAACGCACAGAAUACAAUUCGGUGGUGACGAAGUGGUUAAAGCUAAAGCCGGAACUGGUUCAGCAACGCUUUCCAUGGCUUUCGCAGCUUCUCGCUUCACCAACUCUCUACUUCGAGCACUAAACGGUGAGAGUGGUGUCAUUGAGCCUGCUUACGUGAAAUCACAUUUAUUUGAAUCUAAGGGAAUAGAAUAUUUCGCGUCAAAUGUCGAAUUAAGUCGUGAGGGAGUGGGCAAAAUUCACGAUUUAGGACCAUUAAGUCAAUAUGAAAAAGAGCUUUUAGAAGCAGCUUUACCUGAAUUAAAGAAGAAUAUCGGAAAAGGAGUUGAUUUUGUUCAUAAAUAA